AUGGCCGCACAAUGUUCCGAAACAUCUGAAAAAGGAGGUCCGAUCUCAGUACAUAUGGAAACGAUACAUGCGAACCACGAUCGCCUUUACGCCCACUUGCCGAAGACGACUUCUUCUCUCGAAUGCGAAUACGAGCAGCGCUGGCAAAAAGGCAAUUCGCAUGUCCUUCAGGAACGAACAGCUGCUCCACAAUCGGCGCGCCAGACGUUUGCUGCGAUAAUGGAAGUACUUGCAUAA